GGCAGAUUGACGCUUUUGGCAUAUGUAAACAAACCGCUUCGGGGAUGUGCGAUGACGAAGAUGACUUUGAUCUGCGACUAUUUAAACCCCAGUUCGUCUUCACCAACAUCUUCUUAUAACAAACCGCUCCUACUUCUCCUUCUUCUCUUCAUAUUAUAAUGGCCUCGCCCAGAAACGUCAGGAUGGUGCCAAUACCGGCCUCGCCCCGUCCCCAGCCACCGGUCGACUCCUACAUCUCCCUCGCGGCCUCGCCCACCAUGAUGCGAAGACCGUCCAUGUUUGAUUUCAUAGUCGAAGAGGGAGGCACCACCGCCCUCUCGCCCGACCUCAUCUCCUUCGCAAUGGCCCCGCCGUCGAAGCUCCAGCGCAUGGACUCCAUCUCGCGACUCACCAACCUGCUCGAGCGCAGAUCACGGGCGUUGAUUGGGAAUAGCAAGGCCUUGACGAACUGGGAAGAGAAGCGGGUUGAUCUCAGCACAGUCAAGAACAGAAAGCUGAGAAAGUUCUACCAAGAGCAGAACGAACUCAUCGACCGCUACAGCGAGAUCGACAGACUGCUCGACUCCAAAAUCCCCGAGAACGUGCUCCAGGUCUACGGCGACGAGUCCGUCCAUCGCCACCUGGAAGUCCCUGGAAACAUCGAAGAAGAAGGCCUUCCUCUACUCGGCUACGACCCCGACGAAGAGCGCGGCAUCCGCAUGGCAAUCCUCUUCAACUUUGUGCUCAACGUCUUCUUGCUCGGCGGCAAAGCUGCCGUCGCCGUGCUCUCGAACUCGCUCUCGCUCAUCGCCUCCCUCGUUGACUCGGCCCUUGAUUUCCUGUCGACGGCAAUCAUCUGGACGAGCGCGAAAUUCAUCCAAUCCGAAAACUCACGCCUGAAAGCCGCGUUCCCUGUCGGCCGCGCGCGACUCGAGCCAAUCGGCGUGCUUGUCUUUUCUGUGAUUAUGAUUGUCUCCUUCAUCCAGGUCCUUAUCGAGGCCGUCGGCCGGCUCUACGCCGAGCAGCAAGAAGUCUCGCUCGGAGUCUCGACGAUCGUGAUCAUGGUCAUGACCAUCGUCACGAAAGCCGGCGCAUGGCUCUGGUGCCGCAGCGUAAACUCCACCGCCGUGCGCGCGCUCGCGCAGGACGCGGAGACCGACGUCAUCUUCAACGUCUUCUCGAUCCUCUUCCCGCUCAUGGCCCUACUCUUCCACGCCCCGCAGCUCGACUCGAUCGGCGCAAUCAUCCUGUCCGCGUACGUCAUCUUCACAUGGUCGCAAACCGCCCUCGACCACAUCAACCACCUGACCGGCGCCGCCGCCAAAUCCGCAGACCGUCAGGUGGUCCUGUACCUGUGCAUGCGGUUCGCGGACUGCAUCCAGCAAAUCACCUCGCUGAACGCGUACUACGCGGGCGAUAACCUGAACGUCGAGGUCGACGUCAUGGUGAGAGAGAAGAUGAGCUUGAGAGAUAGUCAUGACGUGGGCGAGAGCUUGCAGUAUGCGCUCGAGACGCUGCCGAUGGUCGAGCGGGCUUUUGUGCAUAUCGAUUAUCGGAAUGAUAAUUUUGCUGGACAUCUGCCGAGGUGAUUUUGAUUAUAUUCUGUAGGUUGUAGGUUCUGUAUACCAUAGAUUUCUUUCUGAUUAUGUUUGAACAUUUGUGUUUACUUUUUGCUGGAUUGGGCUUUUUCUAUACUUUUGUUUUCGUUUCUUUUGGAGAGUGGUGUAAGUAGAUAAUUUGA